AUGACCAGUGGAGUCUUUCACUCUUCAAUGGACGUGAGCCUUUCCUUCCUGCAAACCUGUCCAGAGACAGACUGGUCCCUACACGAAGACAAGACAGGAAGCAUUUCCGUUGGUUGGCACACGACACCAGUCAGCCAGCAUAAUGGUGGUCACGUGGUGUUAUUAGCGUCCUGGGUUUUAGACUUAGAGUUUAUCCUGAAAACUUUGUCGUCUGCUUUCCUUCUGUUUCCAUCCUUUCUUUAUUUUAUUACUUUAUUCUUUCAUUUUUAUUCAUUUUUUUAUGUGCUUCUUCCUUCAUUAUUUGUGCUAAUGUCUCUUCUUUCUUUCUUCUUUCUUCUUACAUACUCUCUCUUUCAUUCUUCCUCUCUGAUUCCUUUGUCAUAUCUUUCUUUAUUGUUUUCUUUUUCAUUUUUAUUCAUUUGUUAUUUGUAUUCUUUUCUUUAUUUAUUCUUGUUUCAUUCAUUCUAUCUUGUUUUUUUACUUUUUAUGCUCCUUUCUUUUGUAUUUAUUUUUGAUUUUUGUUUAAUUUUCUUUCUAUUUUUCUUUUGUGUACUAUAUCCUCUCUUUCUUUUUAGUAGAUACUUCGUUAUUUCUUUUAUCUUUCUUCAUUUUCUUUCUUUCUUGUUUCAUUUCCAUAUCUAUCUUGGUCCUUACCCUUUCUUUCUUUUCUUUCUUUCUUUCUUUCUUUCUUUCUUUCUUUCUUUCUUUUCUUGUUUUUAUAAAACAAUAUAUACAUACAUGCAUAUCUAUCUAUCUAUCUAUCUAUCUAUCUAUCUAUCUUGA